GUGACAUCUUUCUCAAUUCUUACUCCUUUGCUACCUGCGAUUUGUCCUGCCACUUACUAUCAUUUCGUCCUUUUUUUCUACGCAAUUGGCCGUGUAAUUGAACGACGAGCGACCGACCUUUUAUCACCGCGUCCGAUAGCGGACUCCCGUAAUUCUCUCAGCUUUUUUUUCGUCGACCAAGCAGAGCUAUACAGCGUCAUAAGCUCACGCCAGGCCGAUAUAUACAAGGGUAUACAGGGAUACCAAAAGUGCACAGAUUCCACACACAAUGUCACCCACGCAACCGCCGUUGGCGACAGUCACAACAUCGGGGAUGGCAGGCCAACCGAACUCCAAAUUAGCAGCGACUGGCGGCGAUAGUAACAAUAACAAUGGGAAUACGGCGGCGCCCAAAGCACAAUCGAAGGGAAACUACAAGGGAUUUGUGGCAGGGGUGUUCUCGGGGAUUACGAAGUUGAGUGUUGGACAUCCAUUCGAUACUGUGAAAGUCCGACUACAAACAUGCACAGAUGGUCAAUUCAAGGGUCCAUUGGACUGCGUUCUACGAACAAUACGGAUUGAGGGUGUGAGCGGGUUAUAUAAGGGUGCCACGCCGCCGCUGGUCGGAUGGAUGGUGAUGGAUUCUGUUAUGCUUGGCUCUCUGACAUUAUACCGGCGACUACUUCUUGAGCAUGUCUUUUCGAACCCUCACACCCGUGCAUUGACCCCAUUCAAUCGGGGCAGUCAAUCCGAUAUGUAUACACUGCCUAGUUUCGGACAUGGUAUUGCAGGUAUCAUGGCGGGUACUUCAGUUAGCUUUAUUGCUGCUCCGGUUGAGCAUAUUAAGGCUCGGUUACAGAUUCAAUACGCGGCAGAGAAAUCCCAGCGCAUGUACAGUGGGCCUGUUGACUGCCUGCGCAAACUUAUGAGAACGCACGGUAUCUCGGGUGUCUACCGUGGUCUCUGUGCCACGAUUUUUUUCCGAUCCUUUUUCUUCUGCUGGUGGGGAUCCUACGAUGUCCUAACCCGGUGGUUCAAUGAACACACAAAGCUGUCAGCACCGGCCGUCAACUUCUGGGCUGGUGGUAUCUCCGCCCAGAUAUUCUGGAUGACAUCGUACCCGUCGGACGUGGUCAAGCAGCGUCUCAUGACGGAUCCCAUGGGCGGCGCUCUUAACGACGGAGAGCGGCAGUUCCCCAGGUGGAAGGAUGCAGCGAGAGCUAUUUACCAGGAGCGUGGCUGGAGAGGAUAUUGGCGAGGCUUCGUACCUUGUUUCUUGAGGGCGUUCCCGGCGAAUGCCAUGGCUCUGGUUGCAUUUGAGGAAAAAGCAACCUACAAAUCGCAUCCUAAUUUACACCCAUCUCGCACCUUUAUCCUUCCUCCGGACACAAUGGCCGUCGUAACACGCCGGCGUACGAACCCUAUCACCCUAGUCCUAGCAGCCCUGCUAGCAUUCGGAUUCAUCACUUUCCUACUCUCGCCCUCAUCCUCUACAUCAUCAACCUCCACCGCAUCCGACGACACUUCUUCGCAGUUACGGAAAGAAGAUGCGGCCGAAAACCCGCUUUCCCCGCCCACGAAGCCGUUUCUAAGAUCACAACCUAUCCGCGAUGAUGGACACCGUGCUCCUCCACCUGUCGUCCAUUACAACCUCAACAGUCUCACGAGCACCAGCGCUUCCGCGAAGAAUGGCGAACGGGUCCUUAUCCUCACGCCGUUGAGCCGGUUCUACCAGGAAUACUGGGACAACGUGGUCCGGUUGAGCUACCCGCACGAGCUCGUUUCUAUCGGAUUCAUUGUGCCAUCGACGAAAGAUGGAAAUGCGGCUGUUGCGGCACUCGAAAAGGCUAUUAGCAAGACGCAGUCCGGACCGGUCGACUCUCGGUUCGCGAGUAUCAGCAUCCUCCGGCAGGAUUUCGACCCGCCGCUCACCUCUCAGGAUGAGAAGGAGCGGCACAAAAUGGAGAACCAAAAGGCACGCCGCGAAUCUAUGAGUCGUGCCCGGAACAGUCUUGUUUUUACGACUAUUGGACCCAGUACCUCCUGGGUUCUUUGGCUGGACGCUGAUAUCAUCGAGACACCUUCCACCCUCAUCCAGGAUCUGACCAGCCACAACCAGCCUAUAAUCGUACCAAACUGUUACCAGCGGUACUACAACAAGGAUAAGAAGAAGAUGGAUGUCCGGCCCUACGAUUAUAAUUCCUGGGUGGACAGCGGGACGGCCCAGGCCCUGGCGGCGGAAUUGGGACCUGACGAGAUCAUCCUCGAGGGAUACGGUGAGAUGGCGACCUAUCGGACUCUGAUGGCUCAUCUGGCGGAUGUCGAGAAUCCUGACCCUGAACGUGUUAUGCCGUUGGACGGUGUUGGCGGGACGGCAUUAAUGGUGAAGGCCGAUGUGCACCGUGAUGGUGCCAUGUUUCCGGCUUUUCCGUUUUACCAUUUGGUUGAGACGGAAGGGUUUGCUAAGAUGGCUAAGAGAUUGGGGUAUUCUAUUUUUGGGUUGCCCGAAUAUUUCGUAUAUCACUACAACGAGUGA